AUGGAAACAAUCUCAUCAGCUCAACAUCAGAUAAACGACCUCUUAUAUUCCAUCCAGCAGUUCAUCGAUGAAUCAAGUGAAGAUGCGAUAUACAAAGCACCCAUCAUAGACUGGCAUCAUCCCAACUCUUAUAAACAAUCUACGAUCGUCGGAUUGAAGAAAUUCUUAUUAUCGGUAGAGAACGAACGUGAUUAUAUCGAUAGUUUGGUUGAGAGUGAGGUACCUCCUUUGGAAGUAGCAAGUAACAUACCGUAUUAUCAGGCAGUAUGGGAACAGGUUAAAUAUGCUCAAUGGCCGAUCAUCUCGAUCGGACAACAUUUUGAAUGUCAGACUCAAAACGAUGAGCAGAAUAGGAAGAGGAAGGUACAGCAGAUUAAAGUGGAUGUGGUGGAGGAUGCAGGCAAGGUCUGGGUGAAAGUGAACACGAUCAAAGAAUCUCGAUUGAUGGCUGAAUUUAGAGAACAAGAUUCAUACUUGAAUUCGGAUUACGAUAGUGAUGAUGAGAUCCACACCGAAGAUGGUAUUGACAACGCUGGACCAUCCAGACCUCAGUUGACCAACUCGUUAAUAACCCAAGCCAAAUUACUCCUCAAAGCUUCCCAUUUAUAUCCAGGCCUUGAGGGAUGUCCACCACCUAGGAUAAAAUACGUUCUAAAUCGACUAGAAGAGCGACCGGAGGGUGGGUACGAGGACGUAAGGGUAUAUAAAACAUUCCAAAUCAUCCGAUCAAUGGGUAUCGACCUGGUCCUAGCAUCUGAUCAGAGGGCUAUACCUAAGCGAAUCAAACGUCCAGAUAUCCAUCCAACAAACAACAUCUUACUUGAUUUAUCGGUCUUAGUCGCUCUGUGUUGCGAUUCAACACAUCUUCAUUUGCCUACCACUUCUCAAGAGCUGGAAGAGCGAUUCAGAAGUCUGAAAUUGACCACUGAUGGAGAGGUCAUACUGGCAGAUCACAUACCCGUUACGAAAGAUUUGAGAGACCAAUUAGAAUGGGAGAUGAAACAUCCCUUAAUUCAAGAAAUGCUGGAUCGCCUAUCACCUAUUUGUGGAAAUGACGGUGGGAAGAAGAUUGAGUUCUGGGUGACGGAAGAAGUUAGGAAUAGGUUACCUGGGAUAGUUGAUAUAAUAGGUGGAGAGGAUGAACAACGCAGAGCCAAAAUCCUUUUUAGCAACAGUGAAAACGAAAAUGGAGAUUUUUGGCACGGAAGUAGAUGGAAGGAUAUUAUCCAGAGUUCAAAGGAAGGAUCGAUACUCAGAGACAUGAAGAUCAAUAUUCUACCACCUGAAUAUACAGGAGAAAACUGUAAUGUCGAUGAUGUACAUACAUCAUUUCAAAAAGGAUUUGUAGGUGUGGUAAAGAAGAUGUUGGAUAUCGUUGAUAUUCAAGAACGAAAUCAACAUGAAAUACAGGAGAAGAAGAAUUCCAACGGGAUAAAAAGUAAGGAUCAAAGUAAGGACAAGAAAAGAAGAUCUAAAAAUGCAAAUAAUCCACCAUCAAAGGGUAUAUCGUUAGAAUCCAAAUUACCUUCUAUACAUACCUUACGGACGUUCUUAGUGGGAUUUCAGAAAGGUUGGACGGUCUUGACGAAUAAUAGAGGAUCGGUAGGGAAGGUAUUAAGGGAGAUGAGAAUUGAUGAAGGUCUGGGAUAUUGUAGUCCAAGUGCAAGUUUGGACAAUAGCAUCUCGACGACGAACGAAAAUGUAGAACGGCAAGAGCAGCAGCGACAAGAUGGUGAAGAUCCGGAUAAAGUAGAUAUAUGGGUAGUUAACCCCUCGAGUUUGAGUGAAUGGCGAAGGAAAGAAGUGGAAAUGAAAAAUGCAAAGUUGAGGCAAUAUUUGAGUAAUCCAAAUAACGAACAGAGCUAUAAAGAUUGGUUGAGGGAUCAAGAAGGUCUAGGAUUGGAUGGGAACUGUGGAGAGGAAGGGAAGCGACGGAAGAGGGCUCAGAGUAAGGGCGGGGAUCUGGUCGAGGAGUAG